AUGGGAAAUCUCAAUAGUACUCUUUCAGAUCUAAACCUUCGUCAAAAUAAUCUUAGCGGAGGUCUUCCAGAGCAUAUAUUUGAAAGUCUAAGGUCGCUUGAUGUCGGUCAUAACCAACUUGUGGGGAAACUUCCAAGAUCUUUGAAUCGUUUCUCAACUCUUGAAGUUUUGAACGUGGAAAGCAACAGAAUCAACGACACGUUUCCCUUCUGGUUGGGUUCUCUACAAAAGCUGCAAGUUCUUGUCCUUCGCUCCAAUGCAUUUCAUGGACCAAUACAUCAAGCCUCCUUCCCUCAGUUGCGAAUCAUCGACAUAUCACAUAAUCACUUCGAUGGAACUUUACCAUCAGCGUACUUUUCGAAGUGGACUGCUAUGUCAUCACUUGGGCCCGACAAAGAUCACUCUUCCGAAAAGUACAUGGGAGAUGAAUCAAGCUAUGAUUCAUUGGUUUUGAUGAAUAAAGUUGUAGAGCUGGAGCUAGUACGUAUCUUAAAAAUCUUAACAGCAAUCGACUUUUCAGGAAACAAAUUUGAAGGAGAGAUUCCAAAGUCCAUCGGUCUAUUAAAAGAGCUUCAUGUGCUUAACUUGGCAAACAAUGCAUUCACUGGCCGUAUCCCUUCAUCUAUAGGGAACAUGAAAGCUCUCGAGUCCCUGGACGUUUCCCAAAACAAGCUUUCAGGAGAAAUUCCACAAGAGCUAGGGGACCUCUCAUUCCUUGCGUACAUGAACUUCUCUCAUAACCAGCUUUCAGGUCUAGUUCCAGGGGGCAAUCAGUUUCGGAUGCAGCCUUGCUCUUCUUUCGAGGACAAUAUGGAUCUUUUUGGCUCUUCUCUUGACGAAAUUUGCAGAGAUGCUCACACGCCAGCAUCACAUCAGCAGUAUGAAACACCGGAAUCAGAGGAAGCAGACGAAGAGGUGAUUAGUUGGAUAGCAGCUGCCAUAGGAUUCAUACCUGGUAUUUCCUUUGGAUUUACGAUUGGAUACAUAUUGGUUUCCCACAAACCAAAGUGGUUCACGAACCCUUUCGGCCGAAACAAUCGUAGACGGAGAAGCACUACAACUCACUAG